GACGGAGUGGCAAGGUCUUCGAGGCGGGAGCGCACGGGCGUGCACCGUGGAAAAAAACUUGCGGCAGGAACUUCCUACCCAGGGAGAAGGAGCAGGAGAGAAGGAGGCAGGGAGAGACUUGCACUGUCUCUGUAACUUUCAAAACACCCCUUUCAGGAGAUGAGGUAAGCCGGGGUUAGCCAACCCCGAUUGGUUGUGAAAUAUCAGACAAACCCGGAGCCACUGUGGCUUUAAAUGAGGCCAAGGAAAUCUGUUUUUCUUACCCCAAUACUUUCCCCCCCCCCUCGCCCUGGCUCCCUCCCUCGUUCCUCCUUCCACCUCGCCGGGUCCCUCUCGGUCUUCCUUUCCUCGAUCACCCCCCAACCCCCCCCCCCUCCAACCACCACCCCUCGCCCGCCCUCCCCCAUCUGAUUAGGCGCGGACCGGGAAGGGUGGGAGGGGUGGGGGAAGCUCUCCCUUUAAGAGGCAGCUUGCAGUGACGAAUUGUUGAAAUUGCCAUUGCAGGAUGGCAUGCCGCUAUAAAUUCAUUGUUCCACCUCCUCGCAUCUUCACAGCGCUCGCGCUGCUCUCCGCGCUCGCAGCGGCCGACUGGGGAUGACGGCGGGCAGGACGACACUGCAUCCGAAGGGACACGGACGCGCCGCUUCGCUGGCUGCCCGCAGGCCGCGCCUGGCAUUUUUUGUUUCAAUUUUUAUGGCUUUUCUCCCUCUCUUUCUUCCUUUCCUCCUGGUUCUAGUAGAGUCAAGGACACCCACAGAAUAAGAAAAGGACUGGGCUCCGGAGCUUGGAACCCCCGCUGCCGGCGGGUCCAGAGCAGCGAGGGGGCGGGAGGCCGCGCGCACCAGUUGCCAGCCUGGUGCGCGACACCAUCCUUACUUUUUGUCGUGCACCGUUAGUGGCUGCAUUGGGGGCUGGAUUUGGGUUAUUCCCCCCACCCCCUUUCCUUGUAUUUGCGGAACCUCCACAACCCGGCGCCCCCCCCUUUUUUUUCCCUUUUUUUUUUUACCCCCCUUUUUUUUCCGGAGCACGCAUCCAAACAUUUUCCAAAGCAACAAAGAAAAGUUCGCACGCUGGCACCGAGGCCGGGACCGGCUGGCGCUGCCGCCAGGCCCUCCUCCCUCCGACACUUGACUCAGCCUUGCAAGCAAGUGUGUGUUGUGCCCCCCACCUCCCGCCCCGGUCACUUCCACACCGAAUAACAGAUACCCAUCAAGUCCCCGUCGCGCGGCCCCUCCCCGCGGGCGGCGCACUAUGCUGCUCGGGUGGGCGUCCCUGCUGCUGUGCGCGCUCCGCCUGCCCCCGGUCGCGGCCGGCCCCGCCGCGGCACCUGCCCAGGAUACAGCCGGGCAGCCUCGGGCUGCCGCAGCGGCCGCCCAGCCCCGCGGGCGGCAGGGGGAGGAGGCGCAGGAGCGGGCCGAGCCUCCGGGCCACCCGCACCCCCUGGCGCCGCAGCGCAGGAGCGGCGGGCUGGUGCACAACAUCGACCAGAUCUACGCCGGCGGCGGCAAGGUGGGCUACCUCGUCUACGCGGGCGGCCGGAGGUUCCUCCUGGACCUGGAGCGCGAUGGCUCGCUGGGCGCCGCUGGCUUUGCGCCCGCGGGAAGCGGUCCGGGUGCCAGCCGGCGCCACCGGGACCACUGCUUCCACCGCGGCACCGUGGACGGCAGCCCCCGCUCCCUGGCUGUCUUUGACCUCUGCGGUGGGCUCGACGGCUUCUUCGCGGUGAAGCACGCGCGCUACACCCUGAAGCCGCUGCUGCGCGGGCCCCGGGCCGAGGCAGAGGCCGGGCGAGUGUACGGAGAUGGGUCCUCGCGGGUCCUGCACGUCUACACCCGCGAGGGCUUCAGCUUUGAGGCCGUGCCGCCGCGCGCUAGCUGCGAGACUCCCGCGUCGCCGCCAGGGCCUCGCGAGCGCCCCCCGGCGCACGGCGGCCCAGGCCCACGCUGGGAGCUGGCCCCGCAGUUCCCGGACCAGACGGUUCCCUCCUCCGAGGGGACCCAGGGCCCCCAGACGUGGUGGCGGCGGCGGCGCCGCUCCAUCUCCCGGGCCCGCCAGGUGGAGCUUCUCCUGGUGGCUGACGCGUCCAUGGCGCGGAUGUACGGCCGGGGCCUGCAGCACUACCUGCUGACCCUGGCCUCCAUCGCCAACAGGCUGUACAGCCACGCCAGCAUCGAGAACCACAUCCGCCUGGCCGUGGUGAAGGUGGUGGUGCUGGGUGACAAGGACAAGAGCCUGGAGGUGAGCAAGAACGCGGCCACCACGCUCAAGAACUUUUGCAAGUGGCAGCAUCAGCACAACCAGCUGGAGGAUGACCACGAGGAGCAUCACGACGCGGCCAUUCUGUUCACGCGGGAGGAUUUAUGUGGGCAUCAUUCAUGUGACACCCUGGGAAUGGCAGACGUUGGGACCAUAUGUUCCCCGGAGCGCAGCUGUGCUGUGAUUGAAGAUGAUGGCCUCCACGCGGCUUUCACCGUGGCUCACGAAAUUGGACAUCUACUUGGCCUCUCCCAUGAUGAUUCCAAAUUCUGCGAAGAGAACUUUGGUUCCACAGAAGAUAAGCGCUUAAUGUCUUCCAUCCUAACCAGCAUCGACGCGUCCAAACCCUGGUCCAAGUGCACUUCGGCCACCAUCACAGAAUUCCUGGAUGAUGGCCAUGGUAACUGUUUGCUAGACCUACCACGCCAGCAGAUAUCGGGCCCUGAGGAGCUCCCCGGACAGACGUAUGAUGCCACCCAGCAGUGCAACCUGACGUUCGGGCCUGAGUACUCGGUGUGCCCUGGCAUGGAUGUGUGCACUCGCCUGUGGUGUGCCGUGGUCCGCCAGGGCCAGAUGGUGUGUCUGACCAAGAAGCUGCCAGCCGUGGAAGGGACGCCAUGUGGGAAAGGGAGGAUUUGCCUGCAGGGCAAGUGUGUGGACAAGACCAAGAAAAAAUAUUAUUCAACAUCAAGCCAUGGCAACUGGGGAUCCUGGGGGCCCUGGGGCCAGUGUUCUCGCUCGUGUGGGGGAGGAGUGCAGUUUGCCUAUCGCCAUUGCAAUAACCCCGCACCCAGAAACAGUGGUCGCUACUGCACGGGGAAGAGGGCCAUCUACCGUUCCUGCAGCGUCACGCCCUGCCCACCCAACGGGAAAUCUUUCCGUCACGAACAGUGUGAGGCCAAAAAUGGAUAUCAGUCUGAUGCGAAAGGAGUCAAGACAUUUGUGGAAUGGGUCCCCAAAUAUGCAGGUGUCCUGCUGGGGGAUGUGUGCAAAUUGACCUGCAGAGCUAAGGGGACUGGUUACUACGUGGUGUUUUCUCCAAAGGUGACGGAUGGGACCGAAUGCAGGCCGUACAGUAACUCCGUGUGCGUCCGGGGGAAGUGUGUCCGGACUGGCUGUGACGGCAUCAUCGGCUCCAGGCUGCAGUAUGACAAGUGCGCAGUGUGCGGGGGAGACAACUCCAGUUGCACCAAGGUGGUCGGGACCUUCAAUAAAAAAAGUAAGGGUUACACUGAUGUGGUGAGGAUCCCCGAAGGGGCAACCCACAUAAAAGUCCGACAGUUCAAAGCCAAAGACCAGACUCGAUUCACUGCCUACUUAGCCCUGAAGAAGAAAAAUGGUGAGUACCUUAUCAAUGGGAAGUACAUGAUCUCCACCUCGGAAACCAUCAUCGACAUCAAUGGAACAGUCAUGAACUACAGUGGUUGGAGCCACAGGGAUGACUUCUUGCAUGGGAUGGGCUACUCAGCCACGAAGGAAAUUCUAAUAGUGCAGAUUCUUGCAACAGAUCCAACUAAAGCAUUAGAUGUCCGCUACAGUUUUUUCGUUCCCAAGAAGUCCACCCAAAAAGUAAACUCUGUCACUAGCCACGGCAGCAAUAAAGUGGGCUCACACACUCCACAGCUGCAGUGGGUGACAGGCCCAUGGCUCGCCUGUUCCAGGACCUGUGAUACGGGCUGGCACACCCGGACGGUCCAGUGCCAGGAUGCAAACCGGAAGUUAGCGAAGGGAUGCCUUCUCUCCCAGAGGCCUUCUGCGUUUAAGCAAUGUUUGCUAAAGAAAUGUUAGCCUGUGGUCAUGAGCUUAUGCAGAGCUAACUGGAUGAUUCAUCACUGAUCGGUCGUGGCAAAUGGUGGUGAUCAAUCGUGGUAAACAAGAGGUCUACCUGAAGCACAGAAAGUCACGCUUCAAUGUCAUUGUCAACAGGAGUCUAAUUAUGGGCAGAAUCUGCUCUCUGUGACCAAAUGGAGAUGUGCACUGCUUCGCGCGUCAGUAGUGACCUUGGAAUACAGAAAAACUUGGGAGUUAUUGAACAUCCCCUGGUUUGUCACCUACCUCUUAUAGAAUGUCUUCAAAGGCAUCAUAAUCAUUUUCAUCCAUAAUACACAGUAGCUUAUUUUUACUGUCUGUAAA